CAUACGGUCAGACCUCACUUUACUCCAUUGUAAAAUCUUACAACUUAUAUAUUUAUAUAUAAAUAUAUAUGACAUACUAUUUACAUCAUAUUUAAAUACCCAUUAAGUAACUUUAUAAAAAGAUUUAAUUUGCUAUUGAAUGUCCAAUUAAAAAAAAAACCGCGAGCCCGCGAACUGAAAAUGAAAAAUAUUUGAAUUUAAAAAGUGAAAAUAAAAAAAUUAAUUUUUUAAAUUAAGUAAAUUUUAAAAAAUUUUUAAUAAAAAUAAAUUGAGUGGUAAAUAAAUGUUUUUUGUUGUCCGUAAAUUUAAUUGUAACUAUUAACUGAUAUAAUAGUGGAUGUUGCGUGAUCAGGCGUGUUUUAGAUUAUUAAGAGUUGCUGAGAGUACUCAUUCAUAUAUACAAUUAUUAUAUCUAUAUAUAAGUGCAUUGGACAUAUGACAUACAUGUGGUUUAUUAUUUACAAGCCAACUCGUUUUUGUAUAUUAUAUUAAUAUAUAUGUGUUGAAUUUAUAGUUUACAUUAAAUAGAAAAAAAAAUAAUUACUGAUUCGUCAAGGAAAAAAAAUUUUAAUUACUGUUUUAUUUAAUGGCGCCUGUUUUUAUUUAUUUAAACACACGUGACAUUGGAUAUAUGUUUGGUUUCUAUGUCAAAAAUAGUGAAAGUUUUAAAUAAUAUAUUGGGAUUAAUGGAAAUGUUUGUACAGAGCUAGCAGGUGAAAACGGUAUAAUAAUAAAUAACAAGAUAAUAAUAUAAAUAAAUCGGCCGUGGCGUCGUGCAAGUGUGGAAAAUUGUGGAGGGCAUCGGUGACCAUAAGUGACCCCACAUGGACGCCGAGCCCCACGUGCCCAUAUCAACAAAUGCAGAUGCCACUUUCAACAGCCGAAUACCCAACUUGACGUCGUUAUUAUUAACAAUAAUAACCACCAAUAAUAUAAAUUCUACCUUAACUAUUAUCAUAGUAACUACAAAUAAAAAAUCAACCAAGUGCCUAAAUAUUUUUUACCGAGGACCAGAGUCCGACAACACCGCUGGCGGUGGUCGACUCGGGUUUAUUAAUAUUGAUGCAUCAUCAUUAUUCAAAUACUUCCAAAAACAACAGACAAUUUUGCAUUUGUGUAUAUUACUAUUAUUACUACUAUAUAUUUUUAAUCCAUCCGGUUAUUCCAAAGUACAGAAGAAAACAACGUAAGCUUGAAUCAUGUCCCGAAAUACAGCUCCUGGUUCCGCCAACCAAGAAACGGAAAGGCGAAUUCGUGCAAAUAAUCGCGAGUACAAUUCACAAUUUAAAUAUGCGAACAAUUAUAUAAAAACGUCAAAAUAUUCAGUAUUGACGUUUCUGCCAUUGAAUUUGUUUGAACAAUUUCAACGUUUGGCUAAUUUUUACUUCCUAUGUCUGCUGGUGCUUCAAAUGAUUCCUGCAAUAUCAUCAUUGACCCCAAUUACCACAGCAAUACCUCUUAUUGGGGUACUUACACUCACUGCCGUCAAAGAUGCCUACGACGACUUUCAACGACAUAGCAGCGAUUCACAAGUAAAUAAUAGAAAAUCACAGACAUUAAGAGGUACUCAGCUAAAAGUUGAAAAAUGGUCACAAGUACAAGUUGGUGACGUUAUUAGAAUGGAAAAUGAUCAAUUUGUUGCCGCAGAUGUUCUUUUAUUAUCAACAAGUGAACCUAAUGGCCUCUGUUACAUCGAGACUGCUGAAUUAGAUGGUGAAACAAAUUUAAAAUGCCGUCAAUGUUUGCCUGAAACUGCUGAAAUGAUGGACAACAACGAACUAAUUGGCGAAUUUGACGGUGAAAUUGUUUGUGAAACGCCAAAUAAUUUAUUAAAUAAGUUCGAUGGUAUUUUAACGUGGAAAGGCAACAGGUACGCACUGGACAACGAUAAAAUAAUAUUACGCGGCUGUGUGCUGCGUAAUACACAAUGGUGCUACGGAGUGGUAAUCUUUGCAGGCAAAGAUACCAAAUUAAUGCAAAACUCAGGAAAAACAAAAUUCAAGCGAACCUCCAUAGAUAGACUAUUAAAUCUACUUAUUAUUGGAAUUGUAUUUUUUCUUCUAUCACUUUGUUUAUUUUGUAUGAUCGGAUGCGGUAUUUGGGAAAGCCUAGUCGGCCGUUACUUUCAAGCAUACUUACCCUGGGAUUCGUUAGUGCCUACAGACCCACUCGGGGGCGCCACAGUAACUGCCCUUCUAGUAUUUUUUUCAUACUCAAUUGUUCUAAACACUGUUGUGCCAAUAAGUUUGUACGUAAGUGUCGAAGUAAUACGUUUCGUCCAAUCAUUUUUGAUAAAUUGGGAUGAGGAAAUGUACUACGCCCCGACAAACACCCACGCACGGGCACGUACCACCACAUUAAACGAGGAAUUGGGACAAAUUGAAUACAUAUUUUCCGACAAAACCGGCACAUUAACCCAAAAUAUAAUGACCUUCAACAAAUGUUCCAUCGCCGGCAGAAGUUACGGUGACCUUAUCGACGACGUAACCGGCGACAUUAUUGAUCUCAGUGAGACAGACAAAUCAGUCCAGAAGCCUGGCAAGUACCCCGAGAUAAGGAUGCACUGGAAAAACGGCCAAGAAUUCGUGCGGCAGCAGCCACAGAUCAGCGUUACCGCUACUUUGCACCAGCCUCCGGUCAGUGCUAACGCACGGCUGCUGGAACAGGCUGACCAAAUAUCCAGCACCACUCCCGAACCGGCCAUCAACGCCAGUCUGAGCGAUCCUAUCGAUAUUUCAACUGUACCCCCAUUGGAUUUUUCUUUUAAUGAAUACUACGAGCCGGAAUUUAAAUUUUAUGACCCGACAUUAUUAGAAGCCGUACGUAAAGAGGAUGAGAAUGUCCAUUUAUUUUUUCGAUUACUGGCAUUAUGUCAUACUGUUAUGCCAGAUGAAAGAAACGGAAGAAUUGAAUACCAGGCCCAGUCUCCCGAUGAAUCGGCAUUGGUAUCUGCGGCACGUAAUUUCGGAUUUGUGUUUCGCGAACGUUCGCCAAAUAGCAUAACUAUUGAAGUAAUGGGUAGACGUGAAAUAUAUGAGCUCCUGUGUAUAUUAGAUUUUAAUAACGUACGAAAACGUAUGUCCGUAAUACUACGACGUAAUGGUCAUUUGAGGCUUUACUGCAAGGGCGCCGAUAACGUUAUUUACGAGCGUCUGAAACAAGGUAGUGAAGAAAUAAUGCACAAGACCCAAGAGCAUUUAAACAAAUUCGCCGGUGAAGGUCUCAGGACACUUUGUUUGAGUGUUAAAGAUUUAGAAGAAAGCUUUUUUAACGACUGGAAACAACGGCACAUGGAAGCUGUGCUAAGCGGCGAAGAUAAAGAUGAUAAAUUAGACGCUAUUUAUGAAGAAAUUGAAAAAGAUAUGACUCUCUUGGGCGCCACUGCUAUUGAAGAUAAAUUACAGGAUGGCGUACCGCAGACUAUCGCUAAUUUAAGUCUUGCUGGUAUUAAAUUAUGGGUUUUGACUGGCGAUAAACAAGAAACGGCAAUUAAUAUUGGAUACUCGUGCCAACUGUUAACGGAUGAUCUAACGGAUGUGUUUAUCGUCGACGCGACAACUUAUGAUGCCGUUGAAACUCAACUAAAUCGUUAUUUGGAGACCAUUAAAACAUCAUCGAGCCAGCACAGAAAACCGGCACUCUCCAUCGUCACAUUCAGGUGGGACAAGGAAAGCGAUACAGAGUACAACCGCGACGAGCCAGAAGAUGAAGUUGAAUCUUCGUCUGGAUUUGCUUUAGUAAUUAACGGACAUUCAUUGGUCCACGCACUCCAUCCUCAGAUGGAAAAAUUAUUUCUUGAUGUUUCUAGCCAAUGUAAAUCAGUGAUUUGUUGUCGAGUGACGCCUUUGCAAAAAGCCAUGGUGGUUGAGUUGAUUAAGAAAAACAAAUCCGCCGUGACGUUGGCGAUUGGGGACGGAGCUAAUGAUGUCUCGAUGAUAAAAACCGCCCACAUCGGCGUCGGCAUCAGUGGCCAAGAGGGUUUACAAGCCGUAUUAGCUUCCGAUUACUCAAUCGGGCAAUUUAGAUUUUUAGAACGGCUACUAUUUGUUCACGGCAGGUGGUCUUACUACCGGAUGUCCAAAUUUUUACGUUAUUUUUUUUAUAAAAAUUUUGCAUUCACCUUAUGCCACAUAUGGUUUGCCUUCUUUUGUGGAUUUAGCGCACAGACUGUAUUUGAUCCGAUGUAUAUAUCAGUGUACAAUUUAUUUUAUACUUCAUUACCCGUAUUGGCUGUUGGUGUAUUUGAUCAAGACGUUAAUGACAAGAACAGUCUUAUGUAUCCAAAAUUAUAUACACCGGGAAUGCAAAAUUUAUUGUUUAAUAAAAAAGAAUUUUGUUGGAGCGCUUUACACGGUUUCUGGGCUAGUUGUAUACUUUUUUUGGUACCUUACGGAACAUACAAAGACGGUGUAUCACCAAAGGGCUACGUACUUUCAGACCACAUGCUGCUGGGCAGCGUAGUAGCAACUAUAUUAGUUAUAGUUGUCACAGUGCAAAUAGCCUUGGACACGUCGUACUGGACAAUAGUAAAUCAUUUUAUGGUUUGGGGUUCAGUUAUUUGGUAUUUCAUACUCGAUUAUUUUUAUAAUUUCAUCAUUGGCGGCAGUUAUGUCGGUAGUUUAACUAUGGCCAUGUCCGAAGCAACAUUUUGGUUCACGACAGUGAUAUCGUGUAUAAUGUUAGUGAUACCAGUUCUGUCAUGGCGAUUUUUCUUUAUUGACGUACGACCAACUUUAUCCGAACGGGUAAGACUGAAACAACGAUUAGCACAAAUGCGUUCUCGUCAGUCUCAAGAUAUUUUACGAACUCCAUCAACAAGAAGAACGAGACGUUCAUUACGUUCUGGUUACGCAUUUGCGCAUCAAGAAGGUUUCGGACGGCUUAUAACCUCCGGUAAAAUAAUGAGAAAAUUACCAAAUGGAUCGGAUUUUAAAUUUGCCAUGCCGUUUUCAAAUAAUGUUUCAAAACAAGUAAGUGCCGCUACGACAUCUCCACCACCACCAUUUUCAUCUAAUGACGUCAGCACGUCCGCACGUAAUAAUUCGCACACUAAUAAUCUUGAUACUAUUAAUCUGUGAGUUUAUUUAAUUAUUUUUUUUUUUUAAUCAAGAGAAAUAUUUAUUUGAGAAUUGGUAUAAAUAAUUAUUCCCACUGAUUAGAAAAUAAAAAAACCUUUUAAAUGAGUACCCACAACUGGGGAGUGAUUAUAUUUAUUUAAUCCAAUCGAAUAGUACUAUUCGAUUAGAAAUUUGAAAGAAUAAUUUUUAACUUUCGUUCGAUUGAAUUUCUAUUAUUAUAAAUUUUAUUAUUAUCACUAUAAUUAUUCGAUUUUUUUCGAAUAGUUUAUUUUUACUUAAUAGUAUAAUCAGUUUAUUUGAAGGAAGCUAUGAGUUAUUCAAAUGGUUUGUACAAUUUGAAAAUUAACGGAUAAUUCGAAUUACUAGGAAGCUUUCGAAUAAUUUGAAGCAUUUUAAAAUUGUCUAAUAAUUCGAACUAUUCGAAAGAUCAUCAAUAAUUUGGAAAUAUUCGAAAUUUUUGAACUUAUGAAUAAUUCGAAAGAUCACAUGGAAAUAUUCGAAUAAUUCUAAAACUUAAAAAUUAUUAAAUUUUCAAAUCAUUCGAAAUUUGAAUCAUUCGCGCGCUUGCGGAUAAUGAAAAAACUUUAGAAUAAAUAAAUAAAAUUCCAACUAGUCAAAAGCUUACGAAUAAUUCGAACUAUUCGAAAGCUCAAUAAUAAUUCAAAUUUGUUUUAAUUUCCUUAGCAUUUAAUUCGAUUUCUCAAUCAAAAAUUAACAUUAAAUUUGACAAUUAAUCGAAAAUAAAAAAAAAAAUAAAAUAAACUCACAAAUUAAAAAAUCUUGGCAUUUUUUUUACGCAUUAAAUAAAUCAAUAAAUUAUUUAUUAAUUAAUCACCUAUUAAAACAUUAAUUAAUAACUAGAA